AUGAACCUCAUCCAGGAUCUCCGAGUCACGAACCCUGUCGGUACGAAGCUAAUGGUAGAGACCUUGUCAAAGCGGCAGGUGCACCUAGACACGGCCAUUCUCCCCAACAGACUCUUCGCCGCGGAUAUGACCCCAGUGAAGCUGGAAGAGUUAGCUGAAAUCAGAUGCCCCGUGGUAGGAGUGUUGCUAACAUUCAUUCGAUGCAUGCUUCGCGGCUAUUUCGGAUAUGAAGAUGGCAAGCCCGAGUCGCCCCUAACGAAAUGCGCAUGGCAUAACUUCGGGCAUGACGUGGAGACCGACAAGCGCGUGGCCGGGGAAUUUAUCGCUCUGGUAUAUCCCGAUUUGCUUGUGAAAACCUGGGUGGAAAUAGAAACUAUGACCUUCACCGAAGUGCUUUCCAGCUCACCUAUCAUUGAGACGUUCUUCGCCAGCCCAGAUUUCCAUCUCCUCAACCCCCAGUUCCGACAAGCGCCGCCGGGCGGCGCUCUCCGUCUAGCCAGGUUUAGUACUAACGAGUUAGUCACCAGUAGUAAAGUAGAGUGGAAUGGGGAAGAAGACCUGGGAGAACUUCUUAGUAACAAAGCUGGAAUGAAGUGCGAGCCGAGUGGAGGAAGACAACACUUGCUAUUGGGAUCCCCUAUACUUAUCCGAAUAAUCUACCGGCCUUGUUCCCAAGCAGGAAUGCGGUCAUUUGAAUAUCUACGCCGGGUAAGUAUGUCUGGAGAGGUCAUGACUGCAGACGGAAUACAACAGCACGAACUCUCAUACGGGCUUGUCAGCAUUGUAGUCGAUACGACAGGGCUAUGCAAGAUUGGGACGUACGACGCACGCUCCGGUCGUCGUAACAAACCUCACCUAUCGCCAGACUGUGUCACGCCUCGCACGUGCCUGGAGGAUGAAUUUAUCGCCCGUCCCUGGUCCACACACUUCUUACUAUACUCGGCAAUCGGCGAUCGUAAACUGCCAACCGAUCCACCCUCUGCGCACUCGGGGACUACUGCCAGCACGGCGCUCUCGCCUGCAGCACCUACCUCGGUGACACUCUCGGAAGCUCCCGCGCCGUCAACAUCUCAGAAUCAAGAGGCGUCGUCAAAAUCAGCACGACGCCGCGAUAAGGUGAUCCAAUCACCCGGAACCAAGAGACCAAGGAUCGGCAAGGCGGUAGGCGCGGCCAGUUCGUCGUAUAGUGUCCAGAAGCUCCUGGGCCCUCGAACGCCGAGUGGGGGUUCUGACGCGUAUGACGCGCUCUGAGCAGGAUAUAAGCCGGGCCCGGGGGAUGGGAUGGGUAGGCAGUAUAGUUGAUAGCACGGUAGAUAGCGCGAUGGGUGGUAUCGGGGACAAGUGGUUAAGCU